AGACAGACGGAAUAGAAAAGCGCGAUAAAUAAAUGUUUAUUAUGCAUUAAAUAUUAACAAUUUUGUUCUGUGAAUAAAAUUAAAAUAAAUGCGUGAAGCCUAUAUUAUAAUCAGCCACAGCUUGUGAGUGCAUAUGUGUGCGCUGUAAUUGCUUGUUUUUAUUUUUGCACUGCGCUCCAAUUGGAAUACGCAAAAAAGUCUGUGUUAACAAAAAUAAAGUCUGCCAUGAGCCGCCUUAUAGAGAAGCCCAACAUUGCCAUGUCCAUUACAACAACAACAGGUAGUCAAUUAUCCAGCACAGUUUCCGCCAGUCCAUCCAAUAAUGCGGCACCAACGGAUGACACAGCUCCGGCAACGGAGGACGAGGAUGGACACAGGAUCAGGACGACUACGUCUACGGAAGGAAGUCACAAUCAAAGCACAAAUCCCGCAAAAUUGCACAAUAAUCUUGACGAGGUGAUCAUCAGUCUGAUAUCCGGUGCAGCGGCUGGUGCACUGGCUAAAACCACAAUUGCUCCGUUGGAUCGAACGAAAAUCAAUUUUCAGAUACGCAAGGAUGUGCCAUUUUCCUUUCAAGGAUCCCUCAACUAUCUGCGCCAGACAUACGUCAAGGAGGGAGUCCUGGCACUGUGGAGAGGCAACUCGGCGACAAUGGCUCGCAUUGUGCCCUACGCGGCGAUUCAAUUCACAUCCCAUGAACAGUGGCGACGAAUCCUGCAGGUCGAUCAAAAUGGCGCCAACACGAAGGGUCGUCGAUUUGUGGCCGGUUCGCUGGCGGGAAUUACAUCACAAUCGUUGACGUAUCCGUUGGAUUUGGCGCGAGCUCGGAUGGCGGUGACGGACAGAUACACGGGAUAUCGCACGUUGCGUCAGGUAUUUGCCAAGAUUUGGGUUGAAGAGGGUCCCAGAACACUCUUCCGAGGUUAUUGGGCCACAGUAUUGGGUGUUAUACCCUACGCGGGCACCUCAUUCUUCACCUACGAAACGCUCAAGCGCGAAUACCACGAAAUUGUUGGAAAUACCAAACCAAAUGCUUUAGUCUCGCUGGCAUUCGGGGCAGCGGCAGGUGCGGCGGGUCAAACUGCAAGUUAUCCCUUAGAUAUAGUACGUAGAAGAAUGCAGACAAUGAGGAUUAAUCCUGCGUCACUUGAUCGCUGUCCCACAAUACUGGAGACUCUCAUAAAAAUCUACCGUGAGGAAGGUAUCAAGAAUGGUUUCUAUAAGGGACUGAGCAUGAACUGGAUCAAAGGCCCAAUUGCCGUGGGUAUUAGUUUCUCCACUUACGAUCUGAUCAAGGCUUGGCUUAGGGAGCUGUCCCAUUUGAAGCGUGGUCGGGUGGACAAGUAGCAACUGGCCCCCAGAAUACACACAUACUCAUACACACGGCCACACACAUCAAACACACACCAAAAAGAAGAAAAAAUGCACUGCUCUCGUUCUUGAAUUGAAUGUAUGGAGUGCAAGGAUUAAGUAAGGAUUUAGUGCAGCAUACUCAUGCGGCAUCAGCAUUGUUACAUUGAUAUUUUUAGUUGUUAAUUGUGGAAGAGUAACGCUUACUAUUGUUAUUCAAUGUAAAUGAAUGGUUUUCUUUAAGCUGAAAGUAAAACACAACAAUAAAAUUGUCUACAUAGCGAUUCAAAUGUAAAACUACUAUUAAUAUCGACCAAAUUUGGUGCUUAAUUUGUGGCCCACUUUGACAAUAACUUUACUAUUUUAUGUAUAAAACUAAAUCUACUAUUGUUAAUU